UGUGGGUGAAUAAUCAAAACAAAACUUCAGUCCCCCGGUGCCCUCGGUGUGCGAUCGGAAAGGACUGCUUGAAAUAGGAAACAUGGGGCUACAAACUGCUGUUAUCGGUGGCGGCACGGGGUUCAUUGGCACAGCGCUUAAAAAUGCCUUAACGAAGCUAGGCUACGAUGUACUGGUCGUGUCACGAAAGCCGGGCGCCAACGUUCUGACAUGGACCAGCUUGGUGGAAAAAGGGUUGCCUCCCUGCUCGGCAGUUUUUAGCCUGGCUGGUCAGAACGUCUUUGACCCCACAAGAAGGUGGACGCCCGGGUUCCAGCAGAAUGUUUACGCAAGCAGAGUGGAGACCACCAAGGCUUUGGCCGAUGCUGUUACCAAGCUGGAGAAACCACCCGAAACGUUUAUCACUAUCUCGGGUGUAGGCUACUACAAGCCGGAUCCUGUGGCAGAGUACACCGAGGAGAGUCCAGGGGGAGACUUCGACUUCCUCUCACGACUGUGCACCAAAUGGGAGGCGGCUGCCCAGCUACCUCCCAGCGUCAACUGUCGCACCGUUAUUAUACGUUCGGGCGUGGUGCUGGGCCACGAUGGAGGCAUGAUCCGGCAGCUGUACUGGCCCUUCUUCUUCGGCCUGGGCGGCCCCAUCGCCGACGGCAAGCAGUUCCUGCCGUGGGUACACAUUGACGACAUUGUGGGCAUCCUGGUGCACGCCAUGAGCACCCCGGGGCUCUCGGGGAUCCUCAACGGGGUCAGCCCGCAAGUGGUCACCAACGCAGAGUUCACGCGCGAGCUCGCCAGGGCCAUGUGGCGCCCGGCUGUCCUGCCAAUGCCCAAAUUUGUGCUCAACCUGGCCUUCAGUCCGGAGAGGGCCAUCAUGAUGACUGAGGGACAGAAGGUGAUCCCCAGGCGCACCCUCGAGUCGGGCUACGAGUACCGGUACCCCGAGAUCAGGGAGGCCUGCCGAGAGAUUGCCUGGCAUCCGUGGAACCGCUAGUUUGCCUCUUGCCCACCCCCGCAUGCCUGUGUCACUGCCAACCAGACGUCAACUAGAGACUCUGUCUAGGAACGUUAGCCUAGGAUACUGUUAUGACCUUGAAAGAUUCUGAAUAAAGUCUGCCUGCAGAUUUUUGUUUUGUU